AUGGCGGACGCAAAGAUCCAGGAACUCCUCACCAAGCCUCGCAAUGAGCUCACGGAGUACGAGAUUUCGCAACUAGAGGAGCAUGAGUUCAGUGCAGGACCUCUAUCUAUCCUUCAGACCGCCGUGCGCACCCACAACCAGGUCCUGAUCUCUUGCCGGAACAACCGCAAGCUUCUCGCCCGGGUAAAGGCCUUCGAUCGUCACUUCAACAUGGUCCUCGAGAACGUGAAGGAGAUGUGGACAGAAACGCCCAAGCUGGCUGGUGGGAAGAAGGGCCGGCCGAUCAACAAGGACAGGUUUAUCAGCAAGAUUCUCCCACCCGUCCUCGACCGGCUUCAGCCCGGUCAGGCCCAGGAAGAAGCUCGCCAGGCCGUACGCCCCCGGGUCGGGCACCUUCUCGAAGCCGGAGCCGCCGACGUAGACGGCGCGGCCCAGGCUGGCGUGCAUGCCCUUGGUGCCGUCGGCGCCCCUCUUGGCCGCCUCGGCCGCGCCGCGCACGUCGCCCGACGCGGCCAGGGUCUCGACGAAGGGGUACAGCGCGUCGACGAGGGUGCGGUCGCCGGGGCGGGCGGGCGUGUAGCGCGACAGGGCGUCGCAGCUCUGCCGCAGCGCGGCGGCCCAGGUCUUGGGAGAGGCGUCGCCGCUGCCCUGCGUCCGCAGGGCGUGGACGAGCGAGUUCAUGAAGAUGGCGUACAGGGCGCCCGAGGUGCCGUCCAUGGUGUUCUCGAUGACGGGCACGAGGCCGGCCACGUCGACGACGACGUCGCCCGUCAGCUUGGUCUGGGAGAGGUGCUUGAGGAUGGCUAUGUUUGA